ACACAGCUCUCCUCGGCACCCAGCCCCUCAGAGCCACCAUGAGCCAGCCCCGACCCCCAGGCCUAGAGGAGGCUGCCCUUGAGACCCUCCUGGGCGACCUCAUCGGCUACUACAAAGAGGAGGCAGGGGCGGGCUGGCUCCGGGUCUGCAGGCAAGCAGCCCUCAUCCACAGGGCCCAGCAGCUCUUGGACACGGGAGCCCCCACUCAGUUCUAUCUGCCUGAGCUUCUGGUCCCUCGUCCGGGCGCCACUCACUCCUGGGGGGCACCCAGCCCUGCCCAGAGUGUCCGCCAUGAACUGGUGCAGGCGCUAGAGUUCCUGGAGCUCAUAUCUGUCAACCUACUUCUGUUUCCCUGGAGGAAGGAAAUCAGGUCCCUAAAGACAUACACUGGGAACUUCGCCUACCGGGUGCAGCCUGUACUCUCCGAAUACACGCUGCACACCCUUCUGGGCAGGCUGGGCUAUGCGGCCACCUCCGAGGCGGAGUUUUUGUUGGUCCAGGCCAUCAGCAAGGAGGACGCCAAGCAGAUGGUGUUUGAGAUCUUCCUGGCGAGAGUUGCAUGUGAGGCCAUUCUGGAAACCUCGAGCAGGCAGGUGCUGGAACUGGGCAGAGAGAAACUGGCCAGGCCCCACUCCAGGCACAGCUCAGGGAGAAGGCUGGUGAAGGCCCACAACUGUCCCGAGAGGGCCCAGCCAGGCCCAGGGCCCCCAGAAGGGCUGGGGUCUGAAAGGGCCCUGGCCGAGGGCCCUGACCAUCAAAGCGCUGUGCCGGUGGCCCUGAGUCCGCCUGAGGUCUCGACGUUCCCCUGCACCCCUCUUGCUGGCCCCCUGCUCCAGCGCCACACCAGCACACGCUCAGACAGUGAGGAGUUCUUGACCUGCUACAGUGACCUUGUUCUGCACCGGACACCCUUGUUCCCCAAGGACCUUCUCCUGAGCAGCUUGAAGGGAGACCAAGUCCAGGACCCAGCCCAGGCUCCCAGCCCCCCUUCAGGUGAAGCAGUCACCUCCUUAGCUAGCAGCGGUGAGUGGUCCCCGGUCCCUGAUGCAGCUCCUGAGAACAGAGUGGUCACUGUACCCAGCCAGCUCUGCCUGACACCAAGUCCCCAACUGUCAGGGAAGUCCUUGGACCCAAAGCCAGAAGCCCAGGCAGAGCUGGCCACCCCUGACACUGACACUGUUCCUCCAAAAACUUCCUCUGAGAUGCAUGAGCUCUGUGAAUGCCUCUCCCAUCUCCUUGGACCCCCAACUCUAGUGGGCCAUCCUCGGGGCUUCCCAGGCCCCGGGCUUGAGGGGAAUGGACAACCAGAGCCUCUCAAGGGGCCAGAGCCAGCCGGCGAGGGUGGCAGCCCAGAUAGUAGGGUCACUCAGCUCUGGAGGGCGACUCAGACCCCCUCUCAUGUACAAGAGCCCCCCAACACUCACUAUGUCCCUCCCGUGGGAGCCGGAGGUGCCAAUUCCUACCCGAGACCACUACUCAGGCAACAGCUGAAAAUGUCACCCCUGGAUGGCACAGGGACAGACACCCUGACUGAGCACAUGGCUCUGCCACCAGCAAAGUGACUACUUAGAGAGGCGGCAACUCUGGGGCCCACAGCUU